AUGAUUUAUUUACAAAAAAGUUUUGUUCAUUGUAUUAAAAAAAAAACUUUUUUUUUGAAGGUAAAAAAGUGUUAUAACAUAUUAUCUAUAAAAGAACAGCCGUUAAAAAAAAAUAGAAAUAUUUUGUUGGUUCAACGCGAUUAUAAAUUAAAUAAAAAAGAAAAUGUAUUAUGUGAAUUUAAAAUAGAUAAUGUAAAAAAAAUACAAUUUUAUAAUUUAUUUAAUUUCAAUUUAAUUGAUGUACUUAUUAUUUUUAAGUUCCUAAUGCAAUUAAAAAAAAUUAUUUUAUACAAGUAUGAUAACAGCAUUUCAAUUAAAAUAAAAAGACAGAUGAUAGAGAAGAAUUAUAAAUACCAUGUAGACUGGUAUAAUAAUAUAAAUUUACUUGAUGAUUUUAUCGAUUUUCUUAAUAAGUAUUUAUUAAAAAAAAAAGAUUAUAAAAUAUUAUUUAAGAAGUAUAUUGAUGAUGAAUUAAAUAGAAAAAAAAAAAAAAAAAAUAAUAUUAUUUAUAACACAUUAAGCAGAAACAAUAAUAAUGAUAAUAUAAUAACUAAAGAAAAGAGAAAAAAAAAGAAAAUUUAUAAAUAUUUAAAAAGAUGUGUUUUAAAAAGAAUCAUAAAAAAUAUAUCUAUCAAUAUAAGGAACAAAAAUUAUACAAAUAAUAAGAAUGAUAAAAGUUUUUUAAUUAAUUUUUAUAUAAAUGACAAUCAUUUUUGUAUUUCAUCUUUUUAUAAAAAAAUAAAAGGAAUUUAUUAUACUUAUAGAAGCGUAGUUUAUUAUAAAGAAAAUUACAUUAAAAAAGUUGUGGCAAUAAUAAAUCUUAUAUCUUAUAAUAAAUCAUAUUAUGAAAUUAAGAAAAAUUAUAUAAUUAUUAAUUCUUUUUAUAUAAAAUAUUAUGUGAAGAAUAUCCUUAAUAAGUUUUUUUCUUUACAUGAAGAAUUUUUAAAGAAAAAAUUUAAAGGAUUAAAAAAAAAUUUUAUAUAUGUAUCGCCAAUUAGAAAAUAUGUUAAUAAUUAUUGUGAAAAAAUUCAGAUGAAUUAUUUAGAAAAAAAUAUAGAAAACAAUAAUACUAUUAAUACAAAUAUAUAUAGAAGUUUUAACAAUAUUAUAAAAAUUAAAACAAUGACGAUAUACUUAAAUGGAAAGUAUUUUAAAUCAUUUCCUAUUAUUUUAAUUUAUAAUAUAAAUAAUAAUAAUUUUUAUUUAAAUAAUUUCUUUUAUUUUAAUAUUGCAAAAUACGAUAUAAACAAUUUAUGUAUUCUCAAAGAAAUAUAUUUAAAUAAUUUAACUUCUUUUCAAAAUAAUAAAUUUUAUUAUAUAGAUGAUCAAAAUAUUAUUUUAAAUAAUGAUAACAUAAAUAUAGACAUUAAUUAUAUUUAUCUUUUCUAUUUUUUAUAUUUUAAUGAAGAAAAUCUAUUUUUACCAGAUAAAAUUAAUCCAACAUUUUGUUUUUAUUCUUUAACAAACAGAAAAAAAAAAAAUUCAAAAAUAAUAAAAAAAAUUAUAUAUAAAUCUGAUAAAAAUUUUAUUAAUUUUGUUUUUUAA